UCUGGAAACAAGAGAGCACGGGGCUUCAUUUUAGGAAAAAAAAAAACAUCCGAUUGAGCUUCGAAUGCCGACAGUAUUUAUCGAGCAAAAAUAUUUCUACUGAGAUGUCGGAGGAUUUGAUGAAACAGUUGAACAGCUACAAAGCUCAGCUGCAGCAGGUAGAAGUAGCUUUAUCCACCGAUCAGGAAAAUGAAGACCUUCUCAAGCUACAGAAAGACUUACAGGAAGUUAUUGAUUUGACAAAAGACCUCCUGAGCUCUCAGCCCGCUGAGACUGCUUCUACCACCACCAGCACAGAGCCAGUUCCUCAGAAGACGGGAUGGAGUGUGGGGGACCGGUGUAUGGCUCUGUGGAGUCAGGAUGGACAGGUGUAUGAAGCUGAAAUUGAGGAGAUAGACCGAGAGAACGGCACUGCAGCCGUCACCUUCAGCGGAUAUGGGAAUGCUGAAGUGAUCCCUCUUCAGAAGCUCAAGGUGGUCGAGGAGGGGCAUUUUCUUGAUGAUGGAAGUGCCAAACGGAAAUCCAAGAAAGAGCAAAUAGCUGAGCAGAGAGAGUAUAAGAAGAAGAAGGCCCAGAAGAAAGUCCAGAGGAUGAAGGAGUUGGAGCAAGAGAGAGAGGAGCAGAAAUCCAAGUGGCAACAGUUUAACAACAAAGCUUACUCAAAGAACAAAAAAGGACAGGUGAAGAGGAGCAUAUUUGCGUCCCCAGAGAGCGUAAAUGGAAAGGUGGGAGUGGGAACAUGCGGUAUUGCUGACAAACCUAUGACACAGUACAACGACACGUCCAAAUACAAUGUCAGACAUCUAAUGCCACAAUGACUUCCCCCACUCUGUACAUAGUAACUCACUGUAUACCAGUCGUAUCGGUGCUCUUUGUUGUGUUUAUACAGAAUUUAAUUUUUUUCUCAAGUAAAGAACGCUUUGAAAGUAAUUGCUUGCACAGCAGUGUUUGAGAUAUUGUUGUAGUUUUGUUAUAUAUGAAGCAGGUGCAACAAAAAAAAAAAGAUCCACAUAUGAGGACUUUUCCUGCACUGGAACACAAUCACCUGUUAUCUAAGAACAAGUUAUGGUGAAUUCAUAUAGUGGUAGACUUUUGCUGUUCGUACCCAGAUUAAACUGAGGCCAAAAUAUUAUUUUCGAUCUGUGUAAAUCUGACCCCCCCUUUGAUCAGGCGCAUUUAGAUUUUAAAGAAUGACACGCUUUGAAGAAGUGUGGACAAUAAUAUUGGUGUUCAUUCACAUGAUAGAAUUGACCUUUAUUUCUGUAUAUAUUCAUAGCCAUGAAAUAAACAUUGUUUUCAGUUUUUAAA